AUGGCUUCGCUAAAGAGGCUUCUCAACAAGGAGGACGAGGAGCUCCACUACCCUGACCUGUCGUCCGUGUCCUCCUAUGGCUCCAUCCCCUCGCCGUACCAGGCCGAACAAGAUUACACCGGACACCAGCCACGCCAGACCCAGUUCCAGGGCGGCCCGGACAUGUCUCAAGAAGCAACCGGCUUAGAAAACCCUGCUUCCAUGAAUGAAGACUACAACAGUCUGUUUCCGUAUACCGAUAACAGUCAAUUCGAGCCCAUCAACUUCGGAGACCGGCCCGGCGCGGUGCCUUUUGAUUUCGGACAGGAGCUGCUGAUUUGGGGCCGGAAUACCAUCGCCGCAACCCCGGCAUCCCACGCGUACAGCUCCCCCAAACCGUCCCCUGGGUCAUCGCAAGACUCCCCGCCCCUGACGCAUUCGCCUUGGCUCAUACCCGGCUGCAGUAGUAUCGCCGGCUCGGACACGUCUCUCUCUGCAGGAGAUGAUGAGACCGAGAUGGUUUGCUAUGGAAUGCUCUACAAUGUAGACGUCAAGUUGGUGGGCGACAUGGGCGUCUUCGACACCAAGAUCCGUGAUACCCACCAAAGAGAAUUGACGCAUGCGCCGCCCGGGCAGACGCCCUACCAGCGCUUCAACCUCGCCGAGCACCAGGAUCACGUCGUCCUCAUCUUCAGAGAUGACCCGGAUGUCACCGAGUUCGGAUACCUCCGCUCCGGCCCCGGCACGACCCUCGCGAGGCUCCUAGCCCAAGAAGGCCUCGAGUUCGAGUCCGUCGCCCAGACCGCCGCCCUCCGCGAGACCAUCGGCCGUGCCAAGAAGCCCGUCGAGGCCAUGGUCAAGGUCGACAUUAACAUCUACGGGCCGCGCGGCAGGGCCCACGAGACCGGCAAGACGCUCUCCGAGGGCAAGCUGUACCUGCAGAUGCCGGACCACGCGCGCAGCGGGUUCUCCUACGAGAACCCGCACAUGCUGCGCAUCAAGGAUGCCGAGCACAUGGUCACGGAGGCCGCGAGGGAGGUCAACAGCCGCGCACCCACGGGCCGGCAGCCGCGCGAGGAGAGGUUGCGGGACAUGAUGCUAGAGGUCUACCAAUCGAUACAGAACAAGCGGCAUCUUCGCCGGGAAGACGGCGCCAAGGGCCUCAAGCAUGAGCUGCAGGAACACCAAAAACAGGCGCUUGCAUUUAUGCUCGAAAGGGAAUCAGGCCACAUCGUCGACUCGGCCUACCGCCUCUGGCAACCCGUCGUAGAGGAAGGUCAGGAAUGGUUUCGGCACAAGAUCACAAACAUCAAACAGAAAACCCAGCCGGACGAGAAAGGCGGCGGUAUCCUGGCCGACGAGAUGGGCAUGGGCAAAUCUCUGUCUAUUCUCUCUUUGAUUGUGACUACCCUCCAGAACGGACAGCAAUGGGCCCAGCAGGAAGAACAGAACGACGAAAAGAGCAGGGAGCUAUGCUACUCCGGCUCGACCCUGGUGGUCGUGUCGUCUGCUCUUCUCAUCUAUGAGUGGAAUAACGAGAUCGCAAAACAUGUGGAAGGAAAACUAAAUCAGAUUGAAUACCACGGCCCCAAACGUGAAAAGGACAUUGACAAGAUCAAGAACUCCAACAUAGUUGUGACCACAUACAACACCUUGGCGGCGGAAUACGAGAAAAAGUCGUCACCCCUCCAUAAGAUUGGAUGGUACCGGGUGGUACUCGACGAAGCCCAUGUCAUCCGCCGCCCGGCCACGACAUUCUUCCACGCCUGCAGAGCUCUUCACGCCAACUCCCGCUGGUGUCUCACCGGCACCCCGAUCCAGAACAAGCUGGCCGACAUGGGCGCCCUUUUCGCUUUCAUCCGUGCGAAGCCCUUUGACGAGCCCGCCAUGUUCCGCCGCUACAUCGAGGUGCCCUUCGAGCAGCACGGCGACCCCAAGAAGAUCAAGGACCGCCUCAUCCUGCUCCUCGACUCCCUCUGCCUGCGCCGCACCAAGGAGCUCUUGGAGCUCCCCGGCCUCGAGGAGCGCGUCAAGGAGCUCGAGUUCACGCCGGCCGAGCGCGAGCAGUACGACAAGACCAAGAAGAUCCUCAUGCGUACCAUCAAGCAAAAGGUCGGUGAGGUCGAGAAGAGCUCCAAGUUCGGCCUGUUCCAGGCCAACCUGCAGAUGCGCAUCCUGUGCAACCACGGCACCUACCAGAAGCCCUUCUCGUGGUCCCGCAGGAGCUACCGAAUGAGCCGGCUCGAGGAGCGCGAGGCCGCCGUCUCGGCGCUCGGCCAGAACGCCGAGAUCACCUGCGACGGCUGCCACCAGCCCAUGCCCAUCCUCGGGUCGAGCCAGCUGCGCAACGAGGCCGAAGAGCAGUGCGCCCACGUACUCUGCUCCGAGUGCCUCGACGAGUCCGACAUGUCGGCGCCCGGGUCGCGCACGCGACACUGCCCCGUGUGCGAGAACUGGGUUAGGACGGCGGCGGCGGCGGCGGCGACGGCGAGCUCUCCGCCGGUUAGGGUCGACGGGCCCUCGGCGUCGGGUGGCGAUGUUGCCAUGGCCGACGCGCCCGCCAGGACGUCCGCGAACAAGGACGACGAGCUAUACUUCAACCAGGAGGGGUAUUCCACCAAGAUGGAUGCGCUGAUACGGGAUGUCAAGGAGGACGUCUGGACGACGAAGAGCAUCGUCUUUUCUUGCUGGACGAGGACGCUGCAUCUGGUUGGCAUGCACCUGGAGAGAGCCGGCGUCAGGUUCGCCAUGAUCGACGGCAACUGUCCCCUAUCAGAGAGACAAAAGAUCCUCGAGAGGUUCGCAAAGGAUGAUGACCUGCGGGUGCUCAUCAUGACAACAGGCACCGGGGCCUUUGGCCUCAACCUCACCUGCGCCAACCGCGUCUUCAUCGUCGAGCUGCAGUGGAACCCCAGCGUCGAGAACCAGGCGAUCGCUCGCGCUAUCCGCUUCGGUCAGGACCAAAAGGUCCUCGUCACAAGAUAUGUCACCAAGGCCACUGUCGAAGAGGAAAUGAGGUCGCAGCAAAUCGUCAAGAAGAACCUUGCUGCGAUUGGCUUCGACGAGUAG